UUCGGUACAAAGUGAAACCCCACGCGCUCGGGUGCGUCUGGCGUCACCUCCAGUCUUUCCCCCGCCACAGCUGGAUGAGACGGAAACAUGAGCGAGCUGCGCUGAGAAAAACUAGGGCGGGAUAUGGAAGUCAAGAGUGCCUGGCCUCUGGCCAGCGCAUGGCCGCACCCAGAGCCAGGACCUGUCCUUUGGAACGUCUCACCAGGAAUUUUGUCAACGCGAACUCGGCGCCUCAGCGGUCAGGACCCUGCGGGGAGGCGGGGUUUGGUACUCACCAGUGUGAGGAUGUGAGCGGAGCAACCUGGGAGCAACUGCCUGCAUCGCCAGGGUGGGCGCUGUGUUUCUGCAGAAAGCCGGAUCUCGGAGCGGGCUCAGGGUUUGCCCUGACAUGUGCAGCGCAAAUGGGCUGAACUGCCUUCCCUUUGGGCCUCUUCUCUCGUUCCCUCCCACUAACUCACCACAGCAAAAAAGGUGUAAGAAAUAGAGCCGAACACGCCUGUAAGAGUAAUUCCAGAGUUUUUUCCACAAAAUUAGGAGUUUUAUGUUGAAAAUUCCAGCAGUGACAUUUAUUACUGCAGCAAGUGGGCAGGACGCUGAGUGUCUUAAGUGGACCGGUCUGGUGGACAGUAACGCCUCAGCCUUCUGUCAUGGUCCUUAUUGUCAAGUUGACAUGCAGAAACAGUAAAAGUUAUGAUGCAGGACAGGGCAUAUUUCCCCAAGUGACAGGGAGACCAAGCCCUGUAGAAGAGAAGAAGAGGGUCUUUUGGCGGAGAGUGAAGAAAGAAUUCACACAUGCCAAAGAGUCAAAAGGAAAGUUAGGAAAAGGGUAAUACUCGACAGAGUGUGGGCUCCUCUCAGAGGCAGAGAGUGAGAGGGACCCUGAGUGUUUAGGGAAUUCCGUUUCUAUAUAAUUCUUUAGUUAUUGUGAGUUAUUGUUUAAAAAGACUUAACCCAGUUCCUUUGACAUGGACAUAACCCAUAGGAAGGGGAAGAGUAUGUAGCUUAAAAAGGUAAAAAUAUGUAGAGUAAAGGCCCUGCUGGCGGUUCCCAGCCUUUAAUCCUUAGGUUCCCCAAGGUUUUAACCAUAGGAAAUGAUUCUUGGUUCCUGUUUCCCCUUCACAGGUGUGGAGAAUGGGUAGUUAGUUAUCCAGCAGAAAUCUUCCUUUGUUCUGCAGGUGUCCUCCUUGCCUGGCUGCAGAGCUGAUCAGCACACUGCAGUCUCAGAAUGUGGCUUCAUUAACAUUUUAAUUCCCUUGCUUCCUCCCUACUUUAGUUACAUAUAGAAAUCAAACUAUUUGUUUAGUCUCCAGCAGUCACUUUGAUUUUGUGAAAUGGGAGUUUCACUGUAAUGACCAUAUUACCCACCUUCUGUCUACUCUGGCCUGAAUCCUCCCCGCUGUCCCUAUUCGGCACCACGUCAGUGUUGUCACCCUUGGACCUGUUCCCACAGCUCCUUUCCCUUUUCCUCCAAUGCUUCACAAUCAAGAGCUUUUAGUUGUCACAGAGCUUUGCUGCAUUUAGUGGGAAAUGUCCUGCACACAUGUAAUGUCCAGCCUGCCACAGUCAUGCCUUAUGUGUCCACUGGCCUCUCCCAGGAUUGGUCCUCACCCAACUACAUCAAGUACAGCCUCCUGUACAGAUUGUAACGCAAGCCUCAGCAGGUAGGAGGAGGUUGGGGGCUGCGCACUGGCUCCUUUCAUUGAGGCCAAUGUGGAUGGAGGUGACAAAUUAACAAUUUUCUAGAGCAGCACUCUGCAGUGGACCUUUCUGCAGUGAUAGAGAUGUUCUAUAUUAGUUCUGCAGAUGGUCACCACUGGCCUCGUGAGCCACUGAGUAAAAUGGAGCUACUGUUAUUAAGGAACUGCAUUUUAAUUUCGUUAAUUCUAAUAUAAAUAGCCACAUGUGGCUGAUGAUUCCAUUAUUGGACAGCACAGUUCCGGAGUAUGCCUUUCCUGUAAUCUCUUCCUGGCACAUUUUGAACUUCCGUGUCUUCAAUACAAAACAGAUGUCUUUCGGUCUCCAUUGUCAUUUGUGUCACCUCCAUUAUUAAAGUCCCUGAAUUACUUCUACCCUUGUUAAAUCUGGGUUUUUCAGAAGUAAAAUAUUUUUCCAAGUUGCUCAUCUCAUUUAAUGAUAAAAACAGCUAACACAAUGCAGUGUUUACCUGUACCAAGCACUGUUCUGAGUGGUUUAUGUCUAUUCAUUCGAUUCUCAGCACAACUGAGGUAUAUUAUAACUCCACUUCUAAUGGAGGACUAGAAGUUAAUAAUUGGCCCAAGGUCAUACUGCUGAGUAAUGGUACCAGUUUUCAAACUCAAUCCAGGCCCUAAGGCACAAUAAUAUACUGCCUCAAUUAAGCUUUAUUAGGAAAAGUAAGAUUAUUUAAAGUCUUAAUUCAUUAUGUUAAGUUUAAAUGUAUCUACUUAAGUUUUAAAUGCCCCAAUCUGUGAAAAUAACCCAAAUCAAAAUAUUUUCUAAGGAUGCUACAAGUUUGCAUGUGAUGCUAGCAUUGUUUAUACUACUGUGCUUAGCCUUAAAGGUGUUUCAAUCAUAAAAACUGAUUUUAUACUUACCUUGUAUUUUCCUUUGAAACUGAUUUUCCCUGAAGGUUCUGCUUCAUAGUUUUAAGCUCAUUUUCUAUGUCUUGUGAACCUGUGAUUCCUAGAUUUGGAUUUUGAACAUAAUUUUUAUCUAACAAUUUUAAGUUAUCACUAAGGACUAAGAAAUUUUAUUAAGGACUAGGACAUCAUUAAAGACUAGGAAAAAGUUUGUAUUUUAAAGAAAGCUAAUUUAAAUAUCUUCUCAACAGAUAGGCUUUUUGUGCUAUACCGAGUGUAUCUAGUUUACCUAUAUCUAGUUACUACAGCUCUUCACAAUUCAUAUACCUGCCUAAGUGUAAAAAUAAGUAGCAGCCUCAGAAUCAGCGUCCGGGACCUUGAAGUUGGCAGUACAUUGUAAGAAGCACCUCCCUCCCCCCAAAAAGCACAACCUCCAAUCAUUUUCUAUUUUCUGUUUAAAUUAAUGUAGAAGACCCUUAAUUCCUGUGUCACGUCGUUAAAAUUACUGUGUUAUAGAUGCAAUUUGUAAGUUUGUUUUUCCCUUUCAUUUCCUAGAGUCCAUUUUGAUCUGGUUUUACAAUAUGUUUUCAAUUUGAAAUUAAUAAAAAUCCUCAUUGCUUAAAAAAAGUAAAAUCUACAAUUCAGGAUUUCACUAACUUUAUGCAUUCUUUCCUGUUCACAUGACUCCAGAUUGUUAAGAUUUCACUUUUCUGUACUGGUUUCUUUCCCUGUUGGCAGACAGUGUCAGUUGACAUCUUUGGAAUCAUUGGCGAAGCACCAGAAGCUACCGUUUUCAUUGUAUGUGGGACUGAAACGAACGCUUUAAGAAUGAAAGCAUGAUAUUUAGUCAUUAACUUGUAGAAGCCACCUUGGCAGAGCUGUGGCGAGGAUUACGUGAGAUAACAAGUAUCCAGUCUGGCCUCACUGUAAAAAGUCACUAUCAGGACGCUUCGGGUGGGUGGAAGCACCUGCAGGGCCACCCGUCGGUAGUCCCGUGGGCGCGCGCGUCACGGUACACCAGGUGGUGCAUCCCAGACUCAGAUAGUGGUGCUGCAGCAGUGCGCAUGGGUGCAGAGGCGGACAGAGAAGGAGCAGGAAUUGGUUAAGCCGGGGAGGAAGGCGGGGCCUUGAUACGAAAAGGAAAUAGGGCCAGAUCCUCCUUACGCCCUGUGAGCCCGCCCCUCGUUGUGAUUUCUGCGGAGCCUGCGGGGCUGCACGGUCUGAAGCGUUCACGCCUCCUAGUCCUCCCAGCAACCAGUGACGCUACCCUUGUGAGGCCUACCAGUGACCAACCCCGGAUAGCGAGGCUGAAGCUUGACCCCCAACCCGCAGGCACCUCCCUGCUCCCCCGACUCGGCGUCCGCGCCCUCGGCCAGCCCCUUCUUUCCCUUCCCCGCCCCAGUCCCGCAGUCCAGGAGGCAGGGGUCGGCGAGCCGGCUGAGUAGGAGCCGCGCGGUGUCUGAAGAGCCAGUUGGCAACCGCUCCUUAAAACAUCAGACCUUAUUUGAAGCUGGAGGGGAACCUUCUUGUGAAGCCCUGGACCUUGAUUCUGUUAGUGGAAGAAGGAAGCCAGCUCUGGACUUCACACUGCACCCUCACCUAGAAAAGGUGUGUCUCAGUCCUGGACACAACAAUGUCUUCAGGGCUGGGGCAGUGGUGGGGAUUAAGGAGACGGAGUGAGACCAGCAGAAGAAUCAUCUCUCCUAUUGAGAUUUCCUUCUUCUGGGACAAGCUCCAGCAUGGGGUGAGGGGCAGAAGGGACACACCUGAAGGUACAGCCUGCACUCAAGCACCAGACCUGUCCCAAGACCAGGGUGUCUUACUCAUACUGUUCAGUCCACCUAUCUCUCUUACUUCACUCCUACAAGGCAUAACACGUCCUGCUCCAGAGGCAGCAAGAGAACUUCCAGCAUCGGCCACUCCUGCCCAGGGUGCAGGGGAGCAGAAGCCCCAGAGUCCAUCCUGCAGGUUUGUGGCUUCCUAGGUUUUUGUCAGUUGACCCCAUUUGUGUCCAAAAGAUGAAGACCCUGUCUGUGGUGUUUUAACCAGAGCUCUGGGUAUAUAUAUUUCCAUCUGCUAAUAAGAAAAUGACUGCUGACCAUUUUGUUUGCUUCCUCUCCCUGAUAUGUUGGGUGACACAGCCUGUAACUGAUAGUGACUUUACCUAACCUCCAGUGUCCCACUGAACUGAGCUGAGGACAGAUCCAGCUGGGAAGCAGUCAGUGGUGAGUGCAGCCUGUUUGUGCUCUGGUUCACAGGCAUAGGAGGCUCUGUGCACAAAGGCCAACCCUGCUCCCGGGCAGCUGCCUGGACCAACUUGUAAGAAGUAUUCAGGGACACCACUGGAGAUAAAGGACAGCAGAAUAGAUUCUGUCCCUGUAAAGGGACUUCUCUGCUACUCUAGGUUCUCAGAUCCCUGGAGCUGGGGCAGUGAAGAAAGGCUGCAGAAUGCCUGCAAGCAACUUGGAACCCCUGAGAAUUAGAAAGGAUGCCCCUUCCUUCUCCUUGGCCUUCUCUGAAAAUGUGAAAAGCACUUCUUGGAUAAUGCCAUCAACUUUUAAUAAUACUGUUUGUGAAUUUUCCAUGCUCCCUUUCCACCCCUUUCCUGGGUCAUCAGUUCCUUUCCCUGGGCUAGGCCAGGGGAACAUGGGGGCUGCACACUGGUGUGCAGUGAUGAUUUAGCAGGCAUUCCACAGCCAAGGAGCAGUGCUUUGGGGUCUCUUAGAAGGGAAGGUAUUCCCUUGCCCAAGGCCACAGCCCCUCCUGAGCCUUAGCUCAGGCCGCCACUGCUCAAUGUGUUUAUGCUUCCAGUCCAGGCCUCAGGAAACCUGGGCUUCAGAGGCAGGCGCUAGUGUGGUCCAAGCCCAGGAGCCUUCUCAUUGCCCUGGUCGUUUUCAAGUGCAUCUCCAGGCCAAGACCCCUGAUCUAAGGCCAGAGGACAGGCAAGGCACUCCCCAAAACCGCAAUGUGCUGCAGGAAAGUUCUCCUCUGAGUCCCUACUGCCCUUCCUGGUGGCACAAAGACUCCUGUGGCUUUUCCUCCCCUUGGAGAAUGGAAUCGGAAUUCAGCGUUCACCCCUGGGUUGACCAAGCUGUAGCCAUUGCACUUGUCGGUGGAGUUCACAGUGACCUUGUCUCUGCAGGGCUCACGGUGCAGGGCUGACCAGCCACAGCACCUGCCCAGGAGAGAAAGAACCCUGAAAUCAGCAAACCGCCUUUCCAGGCUGUAAGAAAACUGAAAAUAACCGCGCAGCUCCAGGAGGUGCAUCCCGAAGCGUGAGUGCUACACUUCCCGCCCUCCGGCCGCUCUCAGCAUGCAAGCUGCAUCAGAAGCGGCGGCAGGCAGGCCUUACGCGUGCAGUGAAUGCGGCAAGAGUUUCCGGUACAGUUCGGUACUGCUAAGACACGAGCACGCUCAUGGCGGCGAUCGCCGCUUCUGCCUGGACUGCGGAGAGCGCUGCACCGGAACCGUUGAGCUGCGCGCGCACCGACGCGCUCAUGCAGGCCAAACGCUCUACAUCUGCAGCGAGUGUGGCCAGAGCUUCCGCCAUAGCGGCCGCCUCGAUCUGCACCAAGGUAUACACCGAUGGCGCCGCCGCUCCUGCCCUUGCCGUGUCUGCGGCCGCCGCCUCCCACACUACCCAGCUCUGCUGCUGCACCGGCGCCACUCGCACCCACCGGAGCGGCCCUGCCGCUGCCCGCUGUGCGCUCGUAUCUUCCGCCAGAGCGCGCUGCGUUUCCACCUAGAGCGGGCGCACCAGAGGGGCACCCCGGCCACACCAGCUGCCCUGCUUCACCGCUGCACACAGUGCCCGCAGGCCUUCCGCAGCAGCGCAGGGCUGCGGAGCCAUGCGCGCAUGCACGCGGGGCAAAGCCCCGGCCAGGCCAGUCCCUGGAAGGCACGGGCUCCAGACAGGCACCCGUGCUGUGUAUGCGGCAAGAGUUUUAGCAAGAGCUCCACGCUAACGCGACACCUGCAGACACACUCCGGCGAGAAGCCCUUCAAGUGCCCCGAGUGUGGCAAAGGCUUCUUGGAGAGUGCCACGCUGGUGCGCCACCAGCGUACGCACACGGGCGAGAGGCCCUACGUGUGCGGUGACUGCGGGCGCUGCUUCAGUGAGAGUUCUACACUGCUGCGCCAUCGGCGCAGCCACCAGGGGGCGCGGCCGCACACCUGCGUCACCUGUGGCAAGGGCUUUGGGCAGCGCUCUGACCUGGUGGUGCACGAGCGCAUCCACACGGGCGAGAGGCCCUUCCCGUGUCCCGAAUGUGGCCGCCGCUUCAGUGACCGCUCGGACCUCACCAAGCACCGGCGCACGCACACAGGCGAGAAGCCCUACCGCUGCGAGUUGUGCGGCAAGCGCUUUACAUGCGUGUCCAACCUCAAUGUGCACCGGCGCAAUCACGCCGGCCACAAGCCCCACAAGUGCCCCGAGUGUGGCAAGGCCUUCAGCGUGGGCUCCAAGCUGGCACUGCACCGCAAGACACACCAGGGCGAGCGGCCGGCACAAUGUGCUGAGUGUGGCAAGUGCUUCAGCCAUAGCCGCUCGCUGUCGCAGCACCAGCGGGCCCACACGCGUGCUCGCGCGGCCGCCGCUGCCACCCAGGCUACCACAGCCGCUGCCCUCAUCUUUGUUGGGCAAGCAGGACAGGACAAUCGGGGACUUCUUGUGUCCCAGUUGAGGGAGCCUUGCUGAGAGGCUUCCCUGGAGUGUGGUAGGCAAGCCUGGGACAGCGGGGCCAAGUCGCACAUGGGCAUCUGGAAAGACCUGUGGCUCUCGCCUUUUCCCACCUCAGGUGGUAGGCUUUCACCUGACCUCUUGUGUUCCUACAUCUGCUUCCCUUGUCAGCCCUUUUCCUGUUGUCAGUCCUUUCCUUGGGGUAGGUUCCUGAGUCAGGACAAGCCCCAGACCCGGAGAGAGCCUGCGUUUGGGGUGCUCUCAGGUGCUUCCUUCCUGUCUUCCCACAUGGGUUGUCUCUUCUGUCCCUCUCUUUUUUCAUCGAGUCCCCACUACCUCUCUUCUUCCUGAUACUUUGAUGUCCUGCCUCUUCAGGUAAUAAUCAUGGGUCGUGGCCACCAACACAUCCUACCUGCCUUUCCCGCCUCUUGGUUCCAUGUGGUUGUUAGUCUCUGCUCCCUUGGCUUCUGAGAUGCGAAAUUUGCAGGCAGAUUUGGUGGGGGGCUUGCUUCACUGGAGGACAUCUAUAUGAAGCACCUAGCCUGCUGCCUCCAACAAAUGACCCACCCACGUAAAGGUGGCUGAGAGCCCUCAGCGUGGCCACUCACCUAUCCCAGGGGCCAGGCCUGAUGGUGUCUGGUCAAGGUGCCUCUCAAGACAGUGUUCUCGGCCUGUUGGGGGACAUUAGUCCUAGGACCUGAGCCAAGACCACCUGGGUCUACAAAGCUGAGCACUGCCAAGUGGAGCAUCAGAAUGUUACCUCCAAGUCCAGACUGGAGCAACAGGACAGGGUGGAAAAUUCCCUGGAAUUGCCAGUUUUUUCUUAUCGCCAGUGAAAUAAAAGUGUGUGUGUGGGCUCCAGGUGCCAAGAGCUUCUUCUGUA